UCUGAGGCUGAGAGAAAAAGGAGGCUGUGUAAAGUGAUCCCCAACCUUGGCUUUUUAGUUAGAUACUCUCAUGUUUUUACAAAUCUAUGAGAGCAGAACUGUAUUUUAAUAAAACAGCUCUAAUCAGGUGGCUCAGUGGGAUUUUGCAAGACUCUCUUGUUGCUGGGUGGAACAGAAGAAUUCUGAUGAUGAUGGGUCUGCAGUGUGAUGUGUUCCUAAGCCAGAUUUUGCUGACUCAUAUAGGAGCAACCACAAUGCCCAGACACAGAGCACUGUAACUGGUUUCCCCACCAACCUCGAAUCAUUCGGUAGCUCAUGCAGUAAAUGGCUGAAAAGGUAGGUUUGAUGUCCAGAGAUGAAGAGGAGAUGCAAAAUAAUGAUGAAAAAUAUCCAUUUCAGGCUUGUUACACCCUCUCCACAGCUGACUGCUGUUCUGCAAAUGAUUUGCUUAGCAGCCCUAAUGAAGAGAGGGAAAGACUGUCUAUUUCAUCUAGCAAGGACAGAGAGUGUAAAAAAACUCUCAUUGGACAACAACUUAUUACUCAUAAUAAGGCACAAAACAUAGCCCCUGGGAUCACUGGCUACCAUUCAACAGAUGCAAAUAUAUCACUAGCUGGAUCAUCUAGUCCAGAGGAAAUCUGUACAUUGAAGCCUGUAGGCAUAUCUUCUCCAUGCCCAGAAAGCCUACACUGUGACCUCAAUAAGUAUUCUGAAGAGUUACAGCCUGCAGUGGUUGCUAAAAAGUCUGAGGAGGCCUCCCAAAAUAUUGCUUCCCUGCUCAGCUGCUGUCGUUCAUGGAGUCCCAGUGCUGCACUAACCUGGAAUAACACAAAGGAAGAUAUGGCCACUUGUAGCCUUGGCCAAACUACUUGGAUGAGGACCAUACAAGUAAAAGGGAUCAUAGAACAGAGAAAACUGGAAGAAAAGGAGAGAUAUCAACUCCAGGUAGCGAUGUAUCGGAGACUUCUGCUUCUGCGCUCAAUUAGGAGUUUACAUAAGCAGCUUGAGCAGCAGCAGUCCAGAUACGACAGUUUAAAAGUGGGUAAAAAUGUCAAGAUCCCAGCAUUUGUAGACUCACCACAAGUCCUGCCUGAUCAGAAAAAGAAUGUUCACUUGUGGCCUCAAGUCCUAAGUAAAGUGUUAGAAGCAACAGAGGUGGAAAUAAGUGAAUUGGAGGGAAAGGCUUAUCCAGAUAGCGAUGAAGAAACUGUGAAAGAAGAGUAUCUACCAAAGACUUUGUCAUUGGGAUCUAAUUAUCAGCAAGUCAUUAUGAAUAAUCUAGGUGGUAUUGAUGCAGUGAAGAAGCUUUGGCUUCCUUGCUGUUUCCUGUUGGAGAUUGCCAGAAAUCAGACUAGCUGA